AAUAAUGCCAAAAAGAAAGAGUAGAGUUAAAAAAAACAAAAAACAAAACACACAUAACAAAAAAAAAUCUUAUCUUAUUUUGGCUCAUAAAAUCUGGUUUAGGGUUACAACACAAAAUAAUUUCAUAUAAAUAAAUGUGGAAAUUGAGAUUAUUAUGGGCUUAAAUACAGUCUUGUCCCUGGCCUUAUCACAUCCCCACAAUGUGAGAAGAAUAAUGCUGUGUGUCGUGGGCGGGGCAGCAGUGGGUGAGUUUGAUGAGAGAACAACACAUGGAUGGAGCAUCAUCAGGAGCUGAGAGAGCGCACCAUGCUGGAGGAGAGGAAGCAGAGCGGCGGCUGCUGGACGGCACUCAACUCCUGACGACCAGGAGACGCGUGACACGACUAUGAGAGGAUGAGAGAGGCGCAUGGGAGAUGAUUUUUCUUUUUUUAUUUAACUACCUUGAGAUAUGAUCAACUCGCUGCAAAGACUCCAUUAAGUGGGAAUCUUUCCCCAUUGCGCUUUUUUUGAUGCACUCCUCAGUCUUUAUUAUAGGGGGCUGAAUUCAUGCCAAGGUUCAGGAUAAUCCAUAAAGGAUGGAUUCGUUCAACGCCAGCGGGAUGGACGCGUUCACGGUCAUCCACCUGAACUCCUCCAGUGGAUAUUCUCUAGCAGCGAUAGCCAGCAUCGCAGCCCUUGUGAGUUUCCUCAUCCUCUUCACCGUGGUUGGGAAUAUCCUGGUGGUUAUCGCUGUCCUGACGAGCAGAGCGCUGAAAGCUCCGCAGAACCUUUUCCUGGUGUCUCUGGCCACCGCGGACAUCCUGGUGGCCACUUUGGUGAUGCCUUUCUCUCUGGCGAAUGAACUCAUGGGCUACUGGUAUUUUGGGAAAGUUUGGUGCGGUAUUUAUCUGGCUCUGGAUGUUCUCUUCUGCACCUCAUCUAUUGUGCACCUGUGCGCAAUAAGCCUGGACCGCUACUGGUCCGUUACGCAGGCGGUCGAGUACAACCUGAAGCGCACUCCAAAGCGCGUCAAGUGCAUCAUCUUGAUAGUGUGGCUCAUUUCUGCUUUCAUCUCAUCUCCACCGCUCAUAUCUAUAGAUGGCAAAAGUGAUGUGAGCCUUCAGCCUCAGUGCGAGCUCAAUGAUGACACUUGGUACAUCCUCUCCUCCAGCAUUGCCUCCUUUUUUGCACCGUGCGUAAUCAUGGUGCUGGUGUACAUCAGGAUAUACCAGGUGGCCAAAACCAGAACCAGAACCAUGUCGGAAAAAAAAAAUCAUCCCAGGCCAGAUGGUGUCACACAAACUGAGAAUGGAAUGAGCAAAGCCACCUCUCCUUUCCACGCUGGUGGUGAAAGGGAGAAUGGUCACUGUCAGUGUCCAGCCACGCCCUCACAACGCACAGUCACCAUGGCACAACAGACAGAGGAUGGAGACAUGGAGAGCUCCUCCUCAGAGGGCAAAGGUCACAACAAACCCCAGCAGCAGGAGGACGCCCAGAAAGCCAAGCGAGCCGCCAACCAAAAGAGAUACUCCAUCUCCAAACAGUCUGCUCGCAUCUCCAGAGUCAGCAACAAAUCCAUGGACCUCUUCGCCUCCAGGAGGAAACGUCGCCGGAGCUCCGUGGCCUUGAAAAAGGUGUCCCAAGCCAGGGAGAAGAGGUUUACGUUCGUCCUGGCCGUGGUCAUGGGGGUGUUUGUCGUGUGCUGGUUCCCCUUUUUCUUCAGCUACAGCCUGUACGGCGUGUGCAGGGACUCCUGUAAGAUCCCUGACCCGCUCUUUAAGUUCUUCUUCUGGAUUGGCUACUGUAACAGCUCCCUCAACCCAGCCAUCUACACCAUCUUCAACCGGGACUUCAGGCGCGCCUUCCAGAAGAUCCUUUGCAAAUCGUGGAAAAAGUCCUUUUAAGAUCUGUGGCAGAGCUGCUGCACCAACGUGACAAUCUCUUAAAGGAUAUAUCAAAGUGAUUUUAAAAAAAAUAAGAAGCUUGUUUUGUCUAUUACUGCCACUCCUUUACUCACUGUUACGUCUCAUUGUCCUGUUGUAAUUCAGUCACGGCAGUGCACACCAUCAACACCUACUGGGCGGUGUGUCCAUUACAGGCUUUCCCAGUCUGAUUAGUGAUAACCACCGUUCUUUUCUUCCUAUUGAAGUGUGCUGUAAUGCUUUAUAAUGUAUCAUCAUUGAUUAAGCUCUUUAUACAUCCAGAGAAGAUACACAUGGCCGAAUCUAUCUGCUUGGGGGCCCCGGGGCGAAAAUGAGCUCCUGGGCUCCCCCCCCCCCCCCCCCUUUAACCCCACUUAGUUCCUCCUGUGCAAUGUGUGCAAUUUUUCUAUCAUUUUUCUGAUAGAAUACUACUUGGCCACAGAUUUGUGGUAACAUAUUGAUUUAGAAAUAUGCAACACACAUAAGCACAAAACUGAAAUAAUGAAGGUAUUAAAACUUGAUUUUGACACAGGGAUCGUUUUCCAGACAAAAUCGUAACUGAAUAUUUGACAUUUGGGGAAAAAUGCUUAUGAGAAAUGAGAAGAUAACCCUAUUAUGUAUGUAUGUGCGGUAAAUAUGUAGCUGGAGCAAGCGGCUGGUAAGCCCAGCUUAGCAUAAAGACUGGAAACCAGUGGAAACAGCUAGUCUGACUCUCUCCAAAGGUAACAAAAUCUGCCUCAUGUCUAAAGCCAACCCGAUCUCAUGGGAAGGCGUAUAAAUAGCUCGACAUUACAAGCACAUUCUACGUGUCAAGAGCACGCAUUUUAGCCUUUUCGCUUGUCAUCUGCACGCCUCUUUCCGCACGUAAUUUUUACGCCAUGCAAAAAAACUACGGUAACGGCCGCAGUUAGGUUUAGGCAACAAAACCACUUAGUUAGCUUGAGGAAAAAACAUCAUGGUUGGGCUUAA